CUGUUGAAAUAUUGUUCUUCCUUGUCGUCCUGUGUCUGUAUGUUCUGAUCAUUGGUUCUAACAUCCUGCUGAUUGUGGUAAUCUGUGUGAACAGGAGCCUACAUGAACCCAUGUACAUGUUUCUGUGCAGCCUAUUUGUGAAUGAGCUGUAUGGCAGCACAGCCUUGUUUCCCCUCCUGCUAGUUCAGAUACUCUCCAAUGUUCACACUAUUGCUGCUCCUCUCUGUUUCCUGCAGAUCUUCUGUAUCCACAGCUAUGCAACUGUGGAGUUCUUCAUCUUAGCUGUCAUGUCCUAUGACCGUUAUGUGGCUAUCUGCUACCCGCUGCGAUAUAAGGCAGUGAUGAGAGCGAAGAGGAUCUCUGUUCUUACUUCAGCUUCAUGGUUUGCUGCCUUUCUCCUGGUCAUAAUAACAACAUCUUUAAGUUUCUCUCUACAGCUUUGUGCAAGCAUCAUAAACAAAGUUUACUGCAACAACUACUCUAUAGUUAAACUGGCUUGCUCUGAUACCACAGUGAAUAACAUUUAUGGCCUUAUCAGCACUGCUCUCAGCGUUUUUCUUCCAGUAUGUUUGAUUCUCUACACCUACAUGAGGAUUUUGAAGGUAUGUUUUUCUGGGUCCAAACAGACCCGACAGAAAGCAGUCGGCACCUGCACCCCUCACCUGGCCUCUAUCAUUAACUUCUGCGUUGGAUGUGUGUUUGAAAUAAUCCAGAGCAGGUUCAACAUGAGCAGCGUUCCCCGGGUGCUUCAAAUACUGUUAUCUCUGUACUUUCUGACGUGUCCUCCGCUCUUUAACCCUGUGAUGUAUGGCCUGAAC